AUGUCCUCCGAAGCUGACCAGUCUCUGACGACAGCCACAGUCGAGAUCCCCACUACUCCCAAACCUAUCGUCGUUGGCAUCUAUGGCCUCCCCGGCUCCGGCAAAUCGACCGUCCUCGAACACCUUAAAAAGUCACUUCCGAGCGACAUGUUUGCCGUCUAUGAAGGCUCUGCGGUCAUUGCCUCUUUGAUGGGCCCUGACCGUGGCCUGGACGACUUCCAUGCCUUGAGUGACGAAGAGAAAACUCGGUACCGCAAGCUCGCCAUCACCCAGAUACGUGACGAGUGCCAGAAGUCGGGCCUGGUCGGUGUUGUUGCCGGACAUUACAUGUUUUGGCCCAGGGGCAGCGAGCACGGAACGGUGGUCUGGACAAAAGCCGACCAAGAUACGUUUACACACAUCUUCUACCUUCAGUUGGCCGCAGAAACGCUUUGCUGUCGUCGACAGCGCGACCAGGUCAGGAAGCGCGAGGCAGUGACACCUGGACAUCUCCACAAGUGGCAAGAGGAGGAAAUGCGACAGCUGGACGCCCUGGCAAAGGACUCGGGAAUUCGCUUCGUUGGUCUGGAUGGUGCCAAGUUUGUCGGUAUCUCCAGUCUGGUUUCCGAGAUAUCAAAGAGGCUUCACGAGUCCCGCACGGAAUCGGAACACUGCAACCACGUACGAUUGCUAGCCACAGUGGAUGGGAUGGUAGCCAGUGUCACGGCUUGUGGCGAUACCAAAGUCACCACGGCUCUGGUGUUUGACGCAGACAAGACUCUCACCGCCAAGGAUACUGGCAGGGAGUUUUGGAAACGUGAAUCCAGUCGAACGAGACGGAUUGGCCAGCAGGCGCCAACCCCAGCCGAAGAGAUAUUCCGUGAGCACGGCUACACCUAUGAGGCGUUCCGCCAAGUGGCCAUGUCAUACAGUAACGUGGAAGGUUUUGAGGAACUUUGCAAUAAUGUUGCGGAGAAGGUUACUCUCUACCCCGAGUUUCUAUCCCUACUCCGGCGUGUCAAAAAGCACGGGCACGUCAUGGCUGUGGUGGUAACCUGCGGACUACGCCGAGUGUGGGAGCUUGUGAUGGAGAAGCAAGACUUGGGAAGACACGUCAGGGUCAUUGGCAACGGGGACAUCUGCGAGAAGCAUAUCAUCACUGCCAAGUCCAGAGAAGCCGUUGUCAACCGUCUGCGAGGCCCUCCUUAUAAUCUUCAUGUUGUGGCUUUUGGAGACAGCCCGCUGGAUUUGCCGAUGCUCCAGGCUGCUGACGAAGGGGUGAUAGUCGUGGGCGAGGAACUGAGCAGGAGCAAGUCAAUGGAAGACGCCCUCUCCAUCGCUAUUGAGCAACUCAACACCAACGGCUCACCCCACAACCUCUGUCAAGCCCUCAUCCCGCACAAUGUCGCUCCACGUCUCGACAAUGCCCAGCUUCCCGUGGUAGACCUCUCCGACCCAACUAACCCCUUCAACCAAUCCCUUUUCGGCAGUCUGCCCUCCAGCCUCUUACAUGCUAGCAACCGCCCCUCCGCCAAGCUCCUGAUGACCCCGACCCGCGACGCCAACAUCUCCGGCCCUGCGCUGAGGGAAGCACAUCGUCGCAUUGGCUGGUACCUAGCCACGGAGUUCAUUACGUCCCUUAUAGGUCUGGAAGAGUACUCUAUCCCUCACGUCCAAGGACACGCUACCACCGGCCAUCGCCUCCUCCGCGAACAAGAUACGACCAUCGUUGCCUUGAUGAGGGGCGGAGAGCCCAUGGCUUUUGGCGUCAACGAAGCUUUCUCCCUCGCUAUGUUCUUGCACGCCAAGACACCGGAGGAUGUCAAGCCUCACCACCUUUCCAACCAACACACGAUCAUCUUGGUGGACUCGGUAGUGAACAACGGGAAGACGGUUUUGGAGUUUCGUGAGCGGAUACGUGGGAUGGACGAAGGGAAGGAUAUCCACGUUGUGGUGGUUGCCGGGGUCGUGCAGGUGGAGGCUACGGGUGUAGAGCAUGAAUUGGGACGGCUCUUGAGGAGAGAUGGCAAGCUCCAUUUGGUGGCGUUGAGGGUGUCGGAGAAUAAGUUUACCGGGAGGGGAGGGACAGACACGGGUAACCGGUUGUUUGGGACUGACUCCGAUGUACACGUCCCGCGUUAG